UUAAGUAACGUCACGUCCCUGCAAAGUCUCUUAAAACUUUUGAAUUUUAUUCUUUUAAAAAGAAGACGACAUUUAGUACUUGAACGACUUAUUUUUUGUUGCACCCUACUACCACACUUCUUUUAAGCAGUUAGACAAACUUAUUUUCAUUGAUAGUACAGAUUUAGAAUUUCGGUGUGAUGUUCUGGAAUUAUACAAUCAUUUUCGUGAAAUGAAAAAAGUUGAAAUGAUCGGGAUGAGUCCUGACCUGUCACCAUAUUAUUCCAAUAUUCUUCAGGAAUAUAUUAAACUAACUAAUAUUUCUAUUAUAGGAAAGCCCGGGAAAAUGCAGGGGUACAAUUCUGGUGUUGUACUGUUUCAUCUCAAGAAAAUGCGGGAGAAUAAGUUGUACAACCAAUAUUUACAAUCAGAAAAUAUAAGGAAAAUUAUGAAGAAAUACGUUGGAGUUCAAAUUAGUACAGGAGAUCAGGAUUGGUUUAAUCUGGUUGGAUUUACAUCUCCUGAACUAUUCUUUCCUUUGCCAUGUGUAUUCAAUAUGCAAACUUCAGUACAGUAUCUCUACUACCCUCAAGAAGAAAAGUUUAUAAAAUACCAUUAUUGUGCUGAAAAAUCUCAAGGGAAAAUAUUUCAUUUUAAUGGGUGCGGUCCUAGACCUAUUGAUUGCAAGAACAUCAUUCAAGUAGAAAAUGAAAGUGCAGUUAUGGGGAGAGAAAUCCAUAUAAAUGUUGAAAAGUUCUGGAUCUCUAUGAUGGUUGUCUUCCUUCAGGAUAUGAGUAUAACAGCAGAUGGAUAUGAUCUGGUUCCGUACAGAAGACAUUAAUGCAAGAAACUAAUUUUGUAUUUAAUCAUUUAAAAUGAGAAUAAUAAAAUAUAAUUGGCUAAUUGCACAAACACAAUUAAGCAAUAAUAAAUAAAUAUAAAAAAAAUAAUUAACGAAAAUGAUAGACAUACUUUCAAACAGAAAUAAUGAAUCAAAUGUGUAAACAAUAAUGAUGAAAGAAUGUGUAAACAAUAAUGAUGAAAGAAUGUGUGAACAAUAAUGAUGAAAGAAUAUGUAAACAAUAAUGAUGAAAGAAUGUGUAAACAAUAAUGAUGAAAGAAUGUGUGAACAAUAAUGAUGAAAG